AUGGGUGGAGACCCUGGAGGUGCUAUGGAGUCGGCGAAUCACCUCUGCCCCGCUCAGCGACCGGCACCGCCAGCUCCACUCCCCGGCAUCGACCUUGGGGAUUACGAGCCACUUUUCCUCCGACGCACCAUCCUCAACCCUCCCUCUCUCUCCCCCCUCCUUCGCCAUCUCAGCUGGGAGCCUAUCACCCCGUCUCUCUCUCUCAGUCUGCCUCUAUGUAUGCUCUGGGAGGCGGGGAAGCUUUCGAUGUUUCCCUCUUUUUCGACAGCUUUCAGUAUGGAUGAACCCCUCCUCUAG